UGCUCUCUCCAAUCCAAUCCAAUCUCGCUCAAGUCAAGUUGAAAAUUAUGUCUGUCGCUCGUUUUCUGGGCUGGAGGUAGCUGUGCUAAAUUACUAUUUUACUUCUAUGAGUAAUCCGCUAUUUUAAUUAUCGAUAGGGUAUACGUAGCAUGAAGAAUGGAAUGUUCACAUUUGUUAGAUAACGUCAAGGCGGAUGGCGUUCUCGUCACUGCGGACUCGACGAUCACAAAGAACUUCAGUUGUUCAGAAUGUGGCACGAAGGAACAGAACUGGCUGUGCCUGCAGUGCGGCGCAGUUCACUGCGGCCGCUACGUGAACGGACAUGCCAAGCUGCACGCCGAGCAAGUUGGCCACCAGCUCUGCAUCAGUUGUGACGUCUUCUCGGUUUACUGCUACAAAUGCGACGAUUAUGUUUCAAACGAUACGGAAAAUCAAGCAAUAGAUAAAGUAAGGCAAAGUAUUAUGAGUGUUAGCAAAAUUGAGAAAGAGAAUAAUAUAGAACAAAAUGACAACAGUAAAGAUGGUAGUGAGUCAAACUUGGAAAGUAAUGAGCAACCUGCAUCACCCAGCAAUAAUGGCACAGAUGCCCCUGAUGAAACUCCUACCAGUUCCUGUGCCGAGGUGCCUGUCACAACUAGUACAAUGGAUAUUACUGGUAGUAAACCUUCAAAAAGUGCUAAGACUCCAGAAGAGCCAGCUCGUAGUUUAAGACCCCGCUCCCGCAAGCGAUCUCAUUCAGAAGACAGUAGUUCUACAGAAAAUAGCAACAGUUCUUUACAACCCGUCAAAAAGAAAACCUCACCUUGCAAUGGCAAGACACAGAGAGAAAAGAAAAUUGUAGGAUUAAAAAAUUUAGGCAAUACGUGUUUUAUGAACGCAGUUCUGCAAAGUUUGAAUAAUAUUCAAGAGUUCAGCUGUUAUUUUAGUCAGUUGCCUUCGUUAGAGGUGAAGACGAAUGGCCGGAAGGUGUAUCAUUCGAGGAGCUAUACGAGACAGGAGGUGAAUGAAGUUGUAAUGGCUGAAGAGUUAAGGAAGGUGCUAAUAAACCUGAACAGCGGGUGCGGCGGCAAGGGCGCCAUCUCGCCGGAGUAUUUGUUCCACGUGAUCUGGAAGGUGGUGCCGCGCUUCCGCGGGUACCAGCAGCAGGACGCGCAUGAGUUCUUGCGAUACAUGCUCGACAGGCUGCACACGGAGCUGCUGCAGCUGGUGCCGCUGGAGCGCGAGGCGGGCGCGCUGCCGCGGGCGAGGUCCGCCUCCAUCGUCACGGCCGUGUUCGGCGGCACGCUGCAGAGCGAGGUGCGGUGCUUGGCGUGUGGUACGGAGAGCAAGAAGUUCGACCCGUUCCUGGACCUGUCCCUGGAGCUGCCGGACGCUGGGCGUCACGACGAGCCCGUGCCGCUCACGGACUGCCUCGAGAGCUUUGUGCAGAUCGAGGAGCUAGCGGACACGGAACGUUACUUCUGCAGCAGUUGUAAGUGCAAGCAGAAGUCGACCAAGCAGUUUUGGAUCAGGCGGCUGCCUAACGUGCUCUGCUUGCAUCUCAAGCGGUUCCGGUGGCAUAACAACUACAGUAUGAACACGUUUUAUUGCAGGAACAAGGUUGACACGAGUAUAUCGUUCCCCCUAACUGCGCUGGACAUGUCUGGCUUCGUGCCGCACAACGUGCCGGACACGAGGCGCUCCGGGCUGGGGAACUACUUGUACGACCUCGCCGCCGUCAUCGUGCACCAUGGCUCCGGCGCGGCGUCGGGGCACUACACAGCGUACGCGAUCAACGAGGAGCAGUGGUUCCACUUCAACGACCAGACGGUCCGCGCGACCCACGCGGAGGCCGUGGCGUCGUGCAAGCCGUACAUCCUGUUCUACAUCCGCCGCGAGCUGGCGCUGCCCGCCGCCUCGUGACGCCGCCGCCGCCGCCGGCCCCACUGACACGCCGCCUCUACAUCUGCACUGUGGCUUUCUCCUACGCUAACGUUCUGGGUGGAUCUCCUCCACAGCUACAACAUGCGAGCGAGCGAGAGAGAAGACACUCUGGCGCUCUCUCCCUUGCGGUGAUUGGUCGACACGUCUCCGUUCGUCUCCUUUCUUCUGUUGUGGAGACCCACAUCCGUCACCACGCAUGUAAGGCGGUAAAAAAAUAAUCUAAAAUGCAUUUAACAUUUCACCGACCCGGUAAUACGAGUGCUGACAAGCGCUAUAAUUUUUUGCCGACUUCUAUUUGUCGUUGUGGAGUUUCGUAUCGAAUAAGGCCUUGUAAUGGGGCUCAGACGUGGGCGCAAAGUUAGUGAAUUCGGUCGUUGUCUAUGGUCACGUGUGUCGUAGAGUAAGAUGGAGAAAAAUGCUCCGAGGCAAAUGAUUUGAUCUCGAAAAUAAAUAGCUCGUGUUAUCGUCUACUUAAAUGAAAAUAAGGGAAAAUAAAAGCGAGACGAGAUUUUUCGAGAUAAAUUACAAGUCUUAAAGUUAGGUUAGAGAUUUUGACGGUACUUCAUGAGAGGGCCAUAGGCAAAGUCAAGUCCGAGACGAGAAUGAGAGUGAGUGUCCAUUGAGGGCAUAGGGACAUCCAUGGCAACAAAGUUGAUCUGGAACUGUUAUAUAGCACGAUUACCUCUGUUUUAAAUAUUUGUCAAUGUCUUUAUAAAUAAUUAUAUUACUGUAGUUGCCUUAACAAUUGAAGCCCUAGUUGAACUGAAGUCCCGAGGCCCUGGAACCGUUUGAGUAUGUGAGAUUUUUGAAUUAUGAUAUAAGAUUUCGUACGGCAAUGUUAAGGCGGCCCUAGACGUCCCUACAAGGCAUGGCAUACGUGGCUGUUACAGCAAGACAAUAUCUCUUGAUCGCUUUUGUAAACUGACACAUCUAUGACGUGUAGGGCCGUGUUAUAAAAUUGUCCGUAUGGGAAAUUGAUAAAAGUAUGCCUUUUAAAUUAAUGGCCAGUUUUUCGUAUAUUUGCGUGGAAUAUCUAAUAGAAAAUUUGUGAUAAUAUUGCUGUAUUUAAUUGAGCUGCAAUGUUUCGGCUACUUCGAAAAUCAUGUAAAGGAUAAUUUACGAUCUACGUGAUACACCUAAUUAAUGUUUUAAGUAUUUCAGGAUAUUUUAUGUCUAGACCUUUUUUUAACGUGAACAAUAUUACAAUAGCAUUCCUAGGUUUAAUUGAGCUGGUCUCGCUAAUCUCCUGUACCUAAUUUUGCUUUAUUCUAUAUAUUUUAAGUAUACUUCAUACAUAAUUACAAUAUUACCGUGUAGUCAACGUAUUGGGAAUCGGAAUUUUAUCUGUGCCUAUUUUUUAUUUCGUUUUCUGACCAAAGAUUCUGAGACAGGCAACGAAAAUCUUGUUCAUUUCUAGAAUUAAUAUUUUUCGAGCAUUAUAAAAUUACGACGUAAGAGUCGGGUCUUAAACAGAUAAGUUGUAGGGAUAACGAUGAAUACUCAUAUAGAUAGUUUAUGCAGUUGUUGACAAAUAAAUAUAUUACCGAUUUUGAGCUUAAAGUAACUAUUCUACAAAUGCAUGAUGAACUCGAUUUAUGAUAUACUACAAAUAUUUAUGAAGUGUGAUAUUAUAUUAUUGUCUUUUCAACUGAUAACGGUGUGGCAUACGUUGAUGCAUUUUACGACAAUUCAUAUGGUUAAUAGGCUUGGAUACUAGCUCGCUCAUACGGCCAUUGACAGAAAUAUGUAUGUAUGAAACAUAUAGAUCGUUCAGGUCUGAUACGUGCAAAUUACAUUUCAACCUUUCAGUUGUUCAUACAUAUUUGUUCCGCCGACCACCCGAUAACGAAGGUACAGGUUCUUUGCAUGGUAUUUUACAUUCCUGACAAAUAUCUUAUGGGUUAAUGAAAUAUUAUUUUUUUUCAUAACAUGAUGUGCAUUAUGAGACUAUUUGUGUUUAAACAUAAUGUGAUAGUAUAGAAAACUUGUGUACAUAUAGAAUGCUGAUGAUUUAAUUGUGUCGUGAACUUCUCUUUUGCAAAGUACCUAAGCAGGUUUAUUUUAUGUAAGUACUUCAAUUACUGGAAGUUGAUAGUGAUUGAAUUUAAUAAAUUCGCCAAUUGAAAAGAAUUA